UAUACAUUAAACCCUAAAUCAAACCGGAAAAGGGAAAAACAACAAAUAAUCACGCGCGGCCACUAUGGAUGACGCGGAGGGAGGUCUCAGCUUCGAUUUCGAAGGCGGUCUUGAUGUGGGUCUCGCCGCCCCGACCGCCUCCAUGCCUGUCAUCAAUUCCGAUCCUUCUGCAGCCAACAACAACAACAACCCCGUCGCCCAAGGCGCUGCCCCUGCUUUGACGAAUGACUCCCCCGCCGUUUCAGGUGGCGGAGCUGGGCGAAGGAGCUUUCGGCAGACUGUAUGCCGCCACUGGCUCCGCAGCCUUUGCAUGAAGGGUGAUGCCUGCGGUUUCCUUCACCAGUACGACAAGUCCCGUAUGCCGGUCUGCCGAUUUUUUAGGCUCUCUGGUGAGUGCAGGGAACAAGAUUGUGUUUAUAAACACACCAACGAGGACAUCAAGGAGUGUAACAUGUACAAGCUAGGUUUUUGUCCUAAUGGUUCCGACUGCCGAUAUAGGCAUGCUAAGCUCCCUGGACCUCCACCUUCUGUGGAAGAAGUCCUGCAAAAGAUUCAGCAAUUGACUUCUUACAAUUAUAACAACAAAUUUUUUCAACAACGGAAUGCUGGCUUCUCCCAACAGACUGAAAAAUCUCAGAUUCCACAAGGACAAAGCAAUGUAAACCAAGGAGCAAUUGGAAAACCUUCAACAACAGAGUCUGCUAAUGUGCAGCAGCAAUUUCAACAGCCUCAACAACAGGUCAGCCAGACACAGAUACAAAAUGUCCCCCAUAGUCAGUCUAACCAGACGAACAGAAGUGCUAUACCUUUGCCGCAAGGAAUAUCUAGGUAUUUUAUUGUUAAAAGUUGCAACCGUGAAAAUCUGGAACUAUCUGUUCAACAAGGAGUAUGGGCAACUCAAAGAAGCAAUGAGGCUAAACUGAAUGAAGCUUUUGACUCUGCUGAAAAUGUUAUUUUGAUAUUCUCUGUUAACCGUACUCGACAUUUCCAGGGUUGUGCUAAGAUGACAUCCAAAAUUGGUGGAUCUGUUGGUGGAGGGAACUGGAAGUAUGCUCAUGGAACUGCCCAUUAUGGACGGAAUUUCCCAGUAAAAUGGUUAAAGUUAUGCGAGCUUUCCUUCCACAAAACUCGCCAUUUGAGGAACCCCUACAAUGAGAACCUACCAGUAAAGAUAAGUAGAGAUUGUCAGGAGUUAGAGCCUUCUGUUGGGGAGCAGCUAGCAUCCAUGCUUUAUCUUGAGCCAGAUAGUGAGCUUAUGGCUAUUUCGCUGGCGGCAGAAUCAAAACGUGAAGAAGAGAAAGCAAAGGGAGUCAAUUCAGAUAUUGGAGGAGAGAACCCCGACAUCGUUCCGUUUGAGGACAAUGAAGAAGAGGAAGAGGAAGAAAGUGAGGAGGAAGAUGAAAGCUUUGGUGCUGUAGAUCAGGGCAGAGGAAGAGGCAGAGGAAUGAUGUGGCCCCCUCACAUGCCACUUGGCCGUGGUGCCAGACCCAUGCCCGGGAUGCGUGGUUUUCCACCUAUGAUGAUGGGUGGUGAUGGCUUUUCUUAUGGACCAGUUGCACCUGAUGGUUUUGGGAUGCCUGAUCUCUUUGGUGCUCCCCGUCCAUUUGCUCCAUACGGGCCAAGGUUUUCUGCAUCUGGCAUGAUGUUUCCAGGGCGACCUCCACAGCCUGGGCCAAUGUUUCCAGGUGGUGGACUUGGGAUGAUGAUGGGUCCAGGGCAUGCUCCAUUUAUGGGGGGUAUGGGGCCUACAGGUGCAAAUCCUCCACGAGGUGGCCGACCUGUUGGCAUGCACCCUACCUUUCCUGGACUUCCAGCACCUUCCUCACAGAAUUCUGGUCGGGGUAUUAAGAGAGAUCAGCGGACACCAACCAAUGAUAGAUAUAGUGCAGGAUCGGAUCAGGGUAGAGGACAGGACAUGACCGGUCCAGGGGGUGGAUUGGAUGACGAGACUCGGUAUCAGCACGAAGUACAAAAGGCAGAUUCACUUGCUGCCGGUAACAGCUUCAGGAAUGAUGACAGCGAAAGCGAGGACGAAGCACCCAGGAGGUCAAGGCAUGGAAAGGGACGAAGAAACGAAGAAGCUUAGAAAGAGAUGCCGCCACUGAUUCCGAUCACCCGAUGUGAAUGGCUCAGAAAUGAUUUCCAUUAGUCAAUAGCUGCGCGCAGCCACAUUCUCUUAACAGUGUUACUUGUGGAACACAUUUUGUAAGCAACCGAGUUUGCAGAUCUAGAUCUUCUCCAUCUUCAAUUUUGGAGAGCUGGAGGAAAACUAAGGUUUAGAUUCUUUAUUUUUAUUAGAAUACUAUGAAUUAGCUCAAUAUUUUUAUAACAUAUUUUUAUUAAACUAUUCA